AUGGCUAUUUCUCAGGAACGACUGACCUCUGAGGAUGUGGCCAUUGAAUUCACUCAGGAAGAGUGGGAAUUCCUGGACCCUGCUCAGAGGGCCUUGUACAGGGAUGUGAUGCUGGAGACCUACAGGAACCUGCUGUCUGUGGGUGAGGAUGACUUCCUUCCAGAGCUGCCCUUGGAUAUCUCACCUACACAUGUGAUCAAGCAUUUACAACCCAAAGCAAACAGAGAUAAACUUGAAACAUUCCAAACAUUGAUGCUGGGAAACCCUGAAAGCUGUGAAAUCAAACAUUUUCAUCCUUGGGAAAGUCAGGAAAAUAUGUGUGACUUUGAGUGUCAGGGGAGAGAUGACAAAAGAAAUUUCAAAGGGACACCUGUAAGCCUUAAUGGAAAUGUGCCUGAUGGAAGAGAUUCGCAUGAUAGAAAGGAUGCAGGCAUUAAGCCCUUUGCAAACAGGUUUGGAUUUAACUUUCAGGAUAAACUGCAGAUGUUUCAAACUGGUGGAAUAAUUUCUGAAUAUAAUGAAGUUAAGAGUUCUGUCAACAACAGUUUCUCAUUUUCACCACUUCAAAGAAUUCCUCCUUGUGUCCAAACCAGUGUUCCUAAUAUAUAUGGGAAUGAUUUUAUGAAUCCUUCAGUAACAACACAAGAACUCAAAGCACACAGGGAAAAACCUUUCAAAUGUGGUGAGUGUGACAAGGCCUUUCAUGUAAAGUCAAGCCUUUUAAGUCUUCGGACAGUUCACACUGGAGAGAAACCUUACAAAUGGGAUGAGUGUGGCAAGGCCUUUUGUGUAAAGUCAAGCCUUUUAAGUCAUCAGACAAUUCAUACUGGAGAGAAACCUUACAAAUGCGAUGAGUGUGGCAAGGCCUUUUGUAUAAAGUUAAGCCUUUUAAGUCAUCAGACAGUUCAUACUGGAGAGAAACCUUACAAAUGCAAUGAGUGUGGCAAGGCCUUUUGUGUAAAGUCAAGCCUUUUAAGUCAUCAGACAAUUCAUACUGGAGAGAAACCUUACAAAUGUGAUGAAUGUGGCAUGGCCUUUCAUGUAAAGUCAACCUUUUUAAGACAUCAGACAUUUCAUACUGGAGAGAUACCUUACAAAUGUGAUAAGUGUGGAAUGGCCUUUCGUGUAAAGUUAACCCUUUUAAGUCAUCAGACAGUUCAUACUGGAGAGAAACCUUUCAAAUGUGAUGAGUGUGGCAAGGCAUUUUGUGUAAAGUCAAGCCUUUUAAGGCAUCUGACAGUUCAUACUGGAGAGAAACCUUACAAAUGUGAUGAGUGUGGCAAGGCCUUUUGUAUAAAGUCAAGCCUUUUAAGGCAUCAGACAGUUCAUACUGGAGAGAAACCUUACAAAUGUGAUGAGUGUGGCAAGGCCUUUUGUGUAAAGUCAAGCCUUUUAAGUCAUCACACAGUUCAUACUGGAGAGAAACCUUACAAAUGUGAUGAGUGUGGCAAGGCCUUUUGUGCAGCCCUUUUAAGUCAUCAGACAGUUCAUACUGGAGAGAAACCUUACAAAUGUGAUAAGUGUGGCAAGGCCUUUCGUUUAAAGUCAACACUUUUAAGUCAUCAGACAGUUCAUACUGGAGAGAAACCUUACAUGUGUGAUAAGUGUGGCAAGGUCUUUCGUUUAAAGGCAGCCCUUUUAAGUCAUCAGACAGUUCAUACUGGAGAGAAACCUUGUGAUGAGUGUGGCAAGGCCUUCACUGACAGCUCAUACCUCAGGAGACAUAAGAAAAUUCAUACAGGAAAGAAAUUAUUUAAAUGUGAUAUAUGUGACAAAGUCUUCGACCGAAAUUCAAAGCUUGCUCAUCAUCAGACGGUUCAUACUGGAGAGAAACCUUACAAAUGUGAUGAGUGUGGCAAGGCCUUUCGUCUAAAGUCAACCCUUUUAAGUCAUCAGACAGUUCAUACUGGAGAGAAACCUUACAAAUGUGAUGAGUGUGGCAAGGUCUUUGGUCUAAAGUCAACCCUUUUAAGUCAUCAGGCAGUUCAUACUGGAGAGAAACAUUACAAAUGUGAUGAGUGUGGCAAGGUCUUUGGUCUAAAGUCAACCCUUUUAAGUCAUCAGACAGUUCAUACUGGAGAGAAACCUUACAAAUGUGAUGAUUGUGGCAAGGCCUUUCGUCUAAAGUCAACCCUUUUAAGUCAUCAGACAGUUCAUACUGGAGAGAAACCUUACAAAUGUGAUGAGUGUGGCAAGGCCUUUCGUCUAAAGUCAACCCUUUUAAGUCAUCAGACAGUUCAUACUGGAGAGAAACGUUACAAAUGUGAUGAGUGUGGCAAGGCCUUUCGUCUAAAGUCUACCCUUUUAAGUCAUCAGACCGUUCAUACUGGAGAGAAACCUUACAAAUGUGAUAAGUGUGGCGAGGCCUUUCGUCUAAAGUCAACCCUUUUAAGUCAUCAGACAGUUCAUACUGGAGAGAAACCUUACAAAUGUGAUGAGUGUGGCGAGGCCUUUCGUCUAAAGUCAACCCUUUUAAGUCAUCAGACAGUUCAUACUGGAGAGAAACCUUAUGGAUGUGAUCAGUGUGGCAAGGCCUUUCGUGAAAAGUCAACCCUUUUAAGUCAUCAGACAGUUCAUACUGGAGAGAAACCUUACAAAUGUGAUGAGUGUGGCAAGGUCUUUCGUCUAAAGUCAACCCUUUUAAGGCAUCAGACAGUUCAUACUGGAGAGAAACGUUACCAAUGUGAUGAUUGUGGCAAGGCCUUUCGUCUAAAGUCAACCCUUUUAAGUCAUCAGACAGUUCAUACUGGAGAGAAACGUUACAAAUGUGAUGAGUGUGGCGAGGCUUUUCGUCUAAAGUCAACCCUUUUAAGUCAUCAGACAGUUCAUACUGGAGAGAAACCUUACAAAUGUGAUGAUUGUGGCAAGGCCUUUCAUCUAAAGUCAACCUUUUUAAGGCAUCAGACAGUUCAUACUGGAGAGAAACGUUACAAAUGUGAUGAGUGUGGCAAGGCCUUUCGUCUAAAGUCAACCCUUUUAAGUCAUCAGACAGUUCAUAUUGGAGAGAAACGUUACAAAUGUGAUGAUUGUGGCAAGGCCUUUCGUCUAAAGUCUACCCUUUUAAGUCAUCAGACAGUUCAUACUGGAGAGAAACCUUACAAAUGUGAUGAGUGUGGCAAGGUCUUUCGUCUAAAGUCAACCCUUUUAAGGCAUCGGAGAGUUCAUACUGGAGAGAAACCUUACAAAUGUGAUCAGUGUGGCAAGGCCUUUCAUCUAAAGUCAACCCUUUUAAGUCAUCAGACAGUUCAUACUGGAGAGAAACGUUACAAAUGUGAUGAUUGUGGCAAGGCCUUUCGUCUAAGGUCAACCCUUCUAAGUCAUCAGACAGUUCAUACUGGAGAGAAACGUUACAAAUGUGAUGAGUGUGGUGAGGCCUUUCGUCUAAAGUCAACCCUUUUAAGUCAUCAGACAGUUCAUACUGGAGAGAAACGUUACAAAUGUGAUGAGUGUGGAAAAGUCUUCGGUCAAAAACCACAUCUUCAACUUCACUGGAGAAUUCAUAAUGGAGAAAGACCUUUCAGGUGUAAUGAGUGUGGCAAGUUCUUCAGUCAAAAUUCACACCUUAAAAAACAUUGGAGAAUACAUAUAGAGAAACCUUUCAAAUGUUUCAAGUGUGGAAAAUCCUUUAUUCAGGUCUCAGCACUCACUAAACAUCAGAAAAUCCAUACAUGA